UGGUUUACUCUUUUGCUGGAAACAGUUGUUUUGCGUAGACUGAGUUGUUUUGACUGGAAGUUUCAAUUUAACUUUAUGUUUUAUAGUAGACUGUACACAGGUGCUAGAGUUUAUUUACUAAUUACUUUUAUAUUUUGUACAAUACAUAUGAGUGCUAUAUUUUUUCCUUUGCAAGUAUCUGUUCAUUUGCAAGAGUGAAGUGCGCUUAAUGUGAAUAAAUUUAUGUGAAUAAUUACGGGAUUUUCAUCGUUGAAGGGAUUGUAAUAUUUUUACCUAUGGAAUUAUGAAUUACGUCGCUUAGAUAAACACUGCAUACUGUAAUAUUUUUAAAAUGAUCAGAACUCCGAUGAAUAAUACCAUCAAGUUCACUGUUCGGCAGCUAUGCACUACAAGUUAUGUUCCUCGUGUUUGUGUUGUGGGCGCUGGGCCCGCUGGAUUCUAUGCUGCUAUGCAUAUAGCCAAGAACAUUAAAUCAAUUAAAAUUGACAUAAUAGAAAAGUUGCCAGUACCGUUUGGAUUAGUUAGAUAUGGAGUUGCUCCUGAUCAUCCAGAAGUAAAAAAUUGUAUAAAUCAAUUUACUAAAUUAGCUAAGCAAGAGAACAUAAAUUUUUAUGGAAAUAUAACUUUAGGGCAAGAUAUAACAUUAGAAAAAUUGAGACAACACUAUGAUGCUAUUUUGCUAACAUAUGGGGCCGAAGAAGAUCGCACUUUAAGUAUAGAAAAUGAAACUGCAAGAAACAUUAUUGCAGCACGAAAUUUUGUGGGAUGGUAUAAUGGACAUCCUCGAGAUAGAAAUUUACAAGUUGAUUUAUCAGGAAGUAGGGCUGCUAUCAUUGGACAAGGCAAUGUUGCUCUAGAUGUAGCUAGAAUUCUACUUUCGCCUAUAGAUCAAUUGAAAAAAACUGACAUCACUGAAAUUGCUUUACAAGCAAUAUCUGAAUCAAAGAUUAAUGAGUUAUACCUAGUUGGAAGAAGAGGUCCUUUGCAUGUUGCAUUUACAAUCAAAGAAUUAAGAGAGCAACUUAAACUGAGUAAUUGUAAAACAAUUUGGAGAGAAAAUGACUUCAUUGGAGUGGAGGAAAUUGUGAAUGACCUUCAAAGACCACGUAAACGGUUAACAGAGUUAAUGUUAAAGUCACUAAAAGAACAAAAGUCACAGGCAUGUGAUUCAAAUGAAAAAUCGUUUAGACCCAUAUUUUUUAGAAGUCCAAAUAAGUUUCUUGUGGACAAUGCUUGUGUAAAUGGAAUAGAGCUAAUUUGUAACAAAUUACUUGGCGAUAAACUUGAAGAUCAGAAAUGUGUGGCAACUGAGGAUAAAGAAAUUUUAAAUUGCAGUCUUGUAUUUCGAAGUAUUGGAUAUAAAAGUAUAAAAGCUGAUGAAAGUUUAGUAUUUAAUACAAGUGGAUGUGUUAGGAAUGAGAAUGGUAGAAUAAUAGAAGACCAGAGUUCAGAAGAGCUAGCUAAAUUAUAUGUAGCAGGAUGGUUAGGCACUGGACCUGCUGGGGUUAUUAUACACACAAUGAGUAAUGCUUUUCAAGUUGCCAAGAAUAUAUGCAGUGAUUUACAAACAGGCACUAGAUGCCGUAAGGAUGGAUUUGAUGGUGUUAAAAAAUAUUUGAACAUUCCCAUUGUGGAUUGGAAUGGUUGGGAAAAAAUUGAUGAAUACGAAGUAAAUCAGGGUAAAAAGUCUGGUAAACCUAGAGAAAAGGUAACAUGCAUAAAUAAAAUGUUAGAUAUUGCUACAAAAUGAUUUUUGUAUUAUGGUUUUAUAGCCAUAAUGUGUAUUAUACUUAAGCAUAAUUUAUGUUUAAUUUACUGUAAUGCAUAAAAUUAUUUAUGUUUUUAUACAUAUCCUUUCAGGAAUGAAUUGAAAGAUAUAGAUUGUUUCAUAAUACUUUUUGUUACUAUAUUAAAAAAUUAUAUUGUUUUUUUUAA